CUGUGAUUGACACCAGGCUCUUGUGGGCUCAGCCUGGACUCUUGACAGGCGAUCAUGAAACUUCACGAAACCAUAAUGGACAUGGAUAUGCCGGAUUAUAGCAUGUCCCUGGACUCUUCCUACACCAUGUUGGAGUUUGAGAACCUGCGGGUGCUACCUACAAACUCAGGACACAGAGACUCGGGCCUAGGCCCUCCAGAGGCCCCAUCACCAGAGUCCAGCCAGGCCAGCUUGCUGACUAAUGGAAUUAAUUCUCUCUGUUCCAUCUGUGGGGAUCGUGCUACGGGCAAACACUAUGGUGCCUCCAGCUGUGAUGGAUGCAAAGGAUUCUUCCGGAGGAGUGUCCGCAAGAACCAUGUUUAUUCUUGCAGGUUUAACAGACAGUGUAUAAUUGACAAAGACAAGAGGAAUCAAUGCAGGUAUUGCCGACUGAGGAAAUGUUUUAGAGCAGGAAUGAAGAAAGAAGCUGUACAGAAUGAGCGAGAUCGGAUCAGUAUUCGCAGGAACAGCUAUGAAGACAGUGGGUCCCUCUCGAUUGCCAUCCUGACCCAGGCAGAGGUGAUGGCAACCCAGUACUCCUCCAUAAACACCACAAAUGGAACCGAUAUGGCCACGAAAAAGGUGGCCACUAUCAGCGACGUGUGCGAGUCCAUGAAGCAGCAGCUGUUGAUUCUGGUGGAAUGGGCCAAGUACAUCCCAGUGUUCUGCGAGCUCCCGCUGGAUGACCAGGUGGCAUUAUUAAGAGCCCACGCUGGAGAACACCUUCUUCUUGGAGUUGCCAAACGAUCUAUUCCCUAUACGGAUUUUCUACUUUUAGGAAAUGAUUUCAUUAUCCCUAUGCACUGCCCAGAACUGGAAAUUGCUCGAGUUGCUAUGAGAAUACUGGACGAGUUGGUCAAGCCGUUGAGAGAAAUCCAAAUUGAUGACAACGAAUAUGCUUGCCUUAAAGCUAUUAUAUUCUUUGAUCCAGACUGCAAAGGCCUGAGCGACCCUGGCAAGGUGAAACGAAUGCGCUUCCAGGUGCAAGUGAACCUGGAGGACUACGUCACGGACCGGCAGUACGACUCCCGGGGCCGCUUCAGCGACCUCCUGCUGCUGCUGCCCCCGCUGCAGAGCAUCACCUGGCAGAUGAUCGAGCAGAUCCAGUUUGUCAAACUCUUCGGCAUGGCUCGCAUCGACAGCCUGCUGCAGGAAAUGCUCCUGGGAGGGAAUACCAUGGAGAUGCCCCAGUAUCAUUCUGCGAUGCCCAGCUUAAACCUGGAGCCAGGCACAGGCCACAUCCUUCCCAACACCCUCAGUUCUGUGAUCCAGGCUGCUCCCGGGCCAAGCCAGAGCUGCUCUUUUACAGAAGGUCACGCGUCUCCAGACACAUCUGUCUCUUCUCCUACAAGCCCUGGAAAUGAAGACUACAAACUGGACGCUGCCAGAGGAUCUGAGAUGCCCAUUCAAAUCCUUCCCCAGACUAUCGUACCUAAGCAAGAGAUUUUAUAAGCCACGGAAAUGAAGAGACUUAAGCCCCCUAGGAAGUCAGCAACAAGUUUUUCCAGAUGUAGGACACCAGGGGCUGCCUCAGCUCCACAGCCCGCCCAGAUCUGGGGAGCUGGGGAUUCCAAUGGUUGCAUCCAGUUGGCUACUCCGCACCAGGAUUGUUGUUGGUCCCUGGAUUAAUUCUCCAGGCCCUCUUUCCCUUUUGAAAACAUAAGAUGGCUAAACUUUGGAGAUACUUUCAAUACCUCCAACAGAUGUCCAACAGAACUGUAAAAAAAAAAAUGCUCUAGUCAAACUCCAGGAUUGAAAGCUCUGGCUUCGAUGAGCAAAACACAAAGAGACAUGGAUCCAACUACUUAGCUUGGGAUUUGUUAGACCUGGAGGCAGGACAUAAACCCCAUUCAUAUACAGGGAACACGCUUUGAGUAUAUUUAAAAAAAAAAAAAAGAACAACAAAAAACUAGUGUAUUGCUAAUUGGGCAGAGGGGAUGAGUAUCCACCUGCCAAUUUGAAGAUGGGCCCAGCCAUCUUUCAUUCAAUUCCAGAAAUACCCAUUAAGUGCCUACACUGAGUUUUACAUACAGGCUUUAACCCCAGAGAAAAUCCUUUCCCUGUAGCCUCCUUCCUGCCCAUCUUCACAAAGCAACGUCUCUGAAAGAUCACACAAAUUCCCACUUUAACCAUGUCACACUAAUACCUUAACACAGUUAGGAAUGAUUGGUUACUGCUAGGGGGAAUUCUGGUUUGGUUCUGAUAAGACACAGCAAUUGUGUCCAUCCCAGAGUGGUGUGGCUGAAGGAGUGCUACACCUGGAGUGGGGUCUGGUCUCAGGUACUUGCCAUCUGUGUGGCCAUAAGGGAGUCUCCGGACCCCAUUUGCCUCAUCUAUAAAAUGGGGAUUUGUAGUUCCCACCUUGCCAGGUUGUGGUAAGGGGCUCAAAGGAGAUCACUUAUAUAAAGGGACCUAAUAUUAUGUGAAUAUCUGCUAACCACCCCAUCUUCCCCUCCAGUCUCCCCUUUCAGAUUUUCUAAUCUCUCAGGCUUCCACUAAACCAGCUUUUCUCAGUGAUUGAGCACUUGAAUCAAGCUUCAGGUCACAAAGACAGAUGAAGUAUGACUAUAAUGAGACUGAGAUUCAAAUACACAGAAGAUGAAUAUCCAAACAAGUGUUAUCCCCAUUGACUUAUGGGAAGCUGUUGACAGAACUAUUUCUUGCUCAGGGCACUUCCUCUCAAAAUAACCUUUAGAACCAAAAUCAUUCUUUUACUCCCAGGGACGACAAAUCUUUGUCCUAGGACAGGGGAUCUGAGUUUUGGAAACAGCAGUCAUUCUGGGGUGACUGAAGGUGACUGAAGUAAGGGGUCAAACUGGGCACAACCAUUUGGGUAAAAAAUGAGGGGCAACUAUGUAAAAGGAAAGGAGACUGGUGUCAGCUCUGCCUGCCAAAGACUCAAAUCAAAAUAAAGAGCCUGGUUCUUGAAGGUCACCCCCAAAGAGGAACUGUACGCAUAUUUAAGCAAAGACAGCAUCUUCAGCCCAAGUAUAGCUUCCCAUGAUGACAGCCUUGAAAGGGACAUUAUACCUUUGCAUGUGUAAAUUCUGUUAAAAAAAAAAAUCUGUCCCAUGACUUCAUAGUCACACCUUAUACAUGAGCAAUAUAAUGAAUGCAGGUUUUUUCACAUUAGUCAAGUUGUGAAAAUGCCUCAUUACUGAUGUCCUUUUCAUAGCUAAGGCUUUUUUUUUAAAGACUGAUUAUAAAUAUGCAUAUUUAGAUUUCUAAAAUAUACAUUACACUGUAGGAACACACAAAAAAUUUGAUCAAUGUUCUCGCAUGCAUAAGGUUGCAUAUCUGGAACUUCUUGAACAAUUUUCCACAAACAGUAUUAAUGGCUCGAAAAAUUUAGAACGCCAAGUGCUAUUUCUGUUUGCUGAGGUUAGCCUACAGCAUGAAAAUGUCAUCAUUACAAUGUGUGGGUUCCUGUUUUCACGGCCUUAAAAAAUCUUGCUUCUUCCAACUGGAAAGGCAGAAAUCACACCAAUAAUAUCCAGAAAUGCCUGGUGCCUUGAAGCGUCAUCAAGCCAGAGUACAGCAGCAAAACUGAAGAUAUGCUGAUGCACCUCAAGACAAGCCUGGUACAGCUAAGACACCAUUCUAUACCAACCGUGAUCUUGAAUGUCAGCCAAUGAAAGUCAAAAUUUAACUGUUGAUUUUUGCAACUAUGUUAGCCUUCAGAGGAAGACCUGCCAUGGUUAUUUAACAAAUGACCAGUGAUCAAUGUCAUACCAGAAAAUAAACUUGACUAUAAUCAUGCAAUGACCAGAUCACCAUUUUCUCUUGAGCUCAGGAGGCAUUCUUUCAAGCAUUAACUCAUGAAUCUUCAAUAUCCUGCAAGGCAGAGAAGUGAUUUUAGGUGGACGGCUUUUCUCCCAAACUGCUUUGGCAGAUCAGGGAAUGGAAUCCGUGCCAAUGAUUCACAUUCCUUUUUGUGCUUCUCACAAAUUAACAUUGGUCAAUCACAACAAUGACCAGAUAUUUGUGGGAUGGGGCAGAAAUCCUGAGCAGCACGUUGCCAAGAAAGGGAGCAAGGGCCAUUUUCACUGAUCCCAGAUACCCUACAAGGGCCCCAAAUCUAGUGUGAUGAGGAUAGAGGUAAUUCUCCCCAAUUGCAGCCACACUGGUGAGGGAGCAGAGGCAGACCACAGAAGAGGUCUGUGACAGCAACAGGCUUCUCAGGAUGGCCUGGGACCAAUAAAGGUGUGUGCAUACUGGAUGUGGGGCAGCAGGGAUCGACCAGACAGUGUGGGGCACAAGCCUUCCCCUUGCCUUGGCACAAUGGGGUGAGGUCCCAGUGGCCCUCUGCUAGGUACAGCUCUGCUUGCCAAAGACUCAAAUCAAAAUAAUAAGAUGUAAUACAAGAUGAAAAUUAGUGAAACCUAAGAAUGUUUCAUUUUUUUUACCACAUCCCUUCCUUAUCGGUGUGAAGCCAAAGCUAGUUCUUGUUUCCCAUAAGGGUCUCUCAAAAACAGUAUUUACUGACUAAUGACUCUUUCCCCAGAGUUUCUGGAAGGAGACAGAUAUCUGUAGAGGUCUCUGCAUGCAUGGGUAUUGGUAAACAUCAUUAUUGAAUUUUCUUGUUUUUCCAGCUUCUGGGUUUCUUUUCCCAAAUAAAAUACAAGACCAUUACACAAUA